CAGACCUUGGGCACAGAGACAUAUCGGCCCAGCUCAGCCUCCCAGUGUGUGGCUGGAAUUGCCUGUGCAGAGAUCCCCAUGAACCAGUGGCCAGAGCUCAUCCCUCAACUGGUGGCCAACGUCACCAACCAGCACAGCACGGAGCACAUGAAAGAGUCCACGUUGGAGGCCAUUGGAUACAUCUGCCAGGACAUUGAUCCAGAGCAGCUCCAGGACAAAUCCAAUGAGAUCCUGACAGCCAUCAUCCAGGGCAUGAGAAAGGAAGAGCCCAGCAACAAUGUGAAGUUAGCAGCUACCAACGCACUCCUGAACUCUUUGGAAUUCACCAAAGCAAACUUUGACAAAGAGUCUGAAAGGCACUUUAUUAUGCAAGUAGUCUGUGAAGCAACACAGUGUCCAGACACAAGGGUACGAGUUGCUGCCUUACAGAAUCUGGUGAAGAUUAUGUCCCUUUACUAUCAGUAUAUGGAGACCUACAUGGGCCCUGCCCUGUUUGCUAUAACUAUUGAAGCAAUGAAAAGUGACAUAGAUGAAGUGGCUCUGCAGGGAAUCGAGUUCUGGUCCAAUGUAUGUGAUGAGGAGAUGGACUUGGCCAUAGAGGCCUCAGAGGCAGCAGAACAAGGAAGACCUCCAGAGCAUACUAGCAAGUUCUAUGCUAAAGGGGCACUUCAGUACUUGGUGCCUAUCCUAACACAGACAUUAACAAAGCAGGAUGAAAACGAUGAUGAUGAUGACUGGAACCCCUGCAAAGCAGCAGGAGUGUGCCUCAUGCUCUUAGCCACCUGCUGUGAGGAUGACAUUGUCCCUCACGUCCUGCCCUUCAUCAAAGAACACAUCAAGAACCCUGACUGGAGGUACAGGGACGCAGCUGUCAUGGCCUUUGGGUGUAUUUUGGAAGGGCCAGAGCCCAACCAGCUCAAACCUCUAGUAAUACAGGCCAUGCCCACACUAAUAGAGCUGAUGAAGGACCCCAGCGUGGUGGUGCGGGACACGACGGCCUGGACCGUGGGCAGGAUCUGUGAGAUGUUGCCCGAGGCAGCCAUCAACGACAUUUACCUCGCGCCGCUGCUGCAGUGCCUCAUGGAGGGGCUCAGUGCCGAGCCCAGGGUGGCCACCAACGUCUGCUGGGCCUUCUCCAGCCUUGCUGAAGCUGCCUAUGAAGCUGCAGAUGUGGCUGAUGAUCAGGAAGAACCAUCAACCUACUGCUUAUCCUCCUCCUUCGAGCUAAUAGUCCAGAAACUUCUGGAGACUGCAGACAGGCCUGAUGGACACCAGAAUAACUUGAGGAGUUCUGCCUAUGAAUCUCUGAUGGAGAUAGUGAAAAACAGUGCCAAGGAUUGUUAUCCUGCUGUCCAAAAAACAACCCUGGUCAUCAUGGAGAGGCUUCAGCAAGUGUUGCAGAUGGAGUCUCACAUCCAGAGCACAUCCGACAGAAUCCAGUUCAAUGAUCUCCAGUCCCUUCUUUGUGCUACUCUCCAGAACGUGCUCCGGAAGGUGCAGCACCAGGAUGCUCUGCAGAUCUCUGACGUGGUCAUGGCAUCUCUGCUGAGGAUGUUCCAGAGCACAGCAGGCUCAGGGGGUGUGCAGGAGGAUGCCCUGAUGGCAGUCAGCACCCUGGUGGAAGUCUUAGGUGGAGAGUUCCUGAAGUAUAUGGAUGCCUUCAAACCCUUCCUUGGCAUUGGACUGAAGAACUAUGCCGAGUACCAGGUCUGUCUGUCUGCAGUGGGCCUGGUUGGGGACUUGUGCAGAGCCCUGCAAUCCAACAUCCUGCCUUUCUGUGAUGAGGUUAUGCAGCUGCUCCUGGAGAACUUGGGGAAUGAGAACGUUCAUAGGUCUGUGAAGCCUCAGAUCCUCUCAGUGUUUGGGGACAUUGCCCUUGCCAUUGGAGGGGAGUUCAAGAAGUACCUUGAUGUGGUGCUCAACACCCUCCAACAAGCUUCCCAGGCACAGGUGGACAAGUCUGACUAUGACAUGGUGGAUUACCUGAAUGAGCUGAGGGAGGGAUGCCUGGAGGCCUACACUGGGAUCAUCCAGGGACUGAAGGGAGACCAGGAGAACGUGCACCCUGAUGUGAUGCUGGUGCAGCCCAGAGUAGAAUUUAUCCUGUCCUACAUCGACCACAUCGCAGGGGAUGAGGAUCACACGGAUGGAGUGGUGGCAUGUGCUGCUGGACUCAUAGGAGAUUUGUGUACAGCCUUUGGGAAGGAUGUUCUGAAAUUAGUAGAAGCUAGACCCAUGAUCCAUGAACUGCUAACUGAAGGGAGGAGAUCCAAGACGAACAAAACAAAAACUCUUGCUACCUGGGCGACUAAAGAGCUGAGAAAACUGAAGAAUCAAGCUUGGUAA